AUGAGUUCGGUUGUUGGAUCGCUUGAAAACUAUUAUGUUGCGCUGAGUAAAGCGGUGGCCGACGGCACCAAGUCAAACAACCAAUUGCUAAAGUUUGAUAUCAUAUGCAAUGUAGACCAACUUUUGGAUCGUAUGAGCAAGACUGAACUCGAUAACAAUGCUUCAAAGUGGAUAUCUCUCCUAAUAAAGAGUAUAAUUACAUCGCUUUCAACCAAACAGACACCACCCAAUACUAAAUCUGCGUUAGCAGAGGUAUUGGGUAUUAUAUUUAAGAAUAGUAAGACAUUGGCAAUUGUGUUUAUGUCAGAGAGUUUUCAGUUGUUUGUUCGACUGAUAAAGGCAUCGGAAGCAAAGGUCGGAUGUAUGCGUGCGAUCGGCAUGAUGCUGGAGAGUAUCGGUGCAUCGGGUAAUCCAAUACACUUGGAAUGCUUCAAGUUGAUAAAGUCGAUCUAUCCAACGGCAACCAACACCAAUGACUUUAAGUUGGAGUGUCUGUCAUCGGUUGUACCAAUAGUGAAACAUUAUAACAAUACAGAUAUCAAAAUGGAUGGUUUGGAUCAAAAGAUUUUGAAUUUCAUUUUGAAAGCAACGCUCGAUGUAACAUCGGUUGUCGGUGGUGGUAGUGCCGACCCUGCCAGCAACAUCGACUCACCCAACUCCACCAACAAACGUGCAUCGGAACUACUAGGUUGUCUACUGGCUUCAUUGUUCUACAAAGACAACAAUCACUCUACAACCACCACCACAACCGGUGGCAUCGUAAAAUCAAACAUACUCUCUGGUCAACGUUCUCACUGGACAUUAGAGAAUUGUUUACAAUUCAUUGGUAAUCAAUUUAUAUCUACAAAUAAGAAAGAGAUAAAGAUUAAUUUAUCGAUUGCAUAUUGUCAGUUAUUACAGAAUAUAAAGCUGUUGGAUUUAGAGAAAGAGAUCGAUUCGAUAUUAUCACAUUUAUUAAAGUUACUUGGAAGUAGCAAUAGAAACUUGUCGACUGCUCAAGACCAAGCACAAACAAGAACAUCGGUAUCAUAUAUACUCAGACACGGUCUUGGUCAGAAUCUAAGUGAAAACGGACAGCAAUCAAUGGUUAGAUACUUUACAAAUAUCAUAUCACAAGCCGACACCUUUAACGAACUAACCAUUGUUGUAUCAUUAAAAGAAUUAUCUCAAUUAUUAUUACAAUUAGGUGAAGGUGGUAUCGUUCAGUAUGACGAUCUUUCAACCUAUAUGUUCUCUUUGCUCAACGAUAGAAAUCAAUCUACAAGACAGUGGUCAGCUAUAGGUUUACGAUCGUUGGCCAGUAACAUUCCAAAGUUGACUUACAAGUUCGAUACUGGAGGAGUUUGA